UACAUAAGCAGAUCACUUAUUUACUUAUUGCAUAAAUUCAGAUAAACAACUUUUCAAGUUAAGCGAUGCCAAUUCUUAUCAGGUUUUAUCCGAAUGUGCAGCUCCGACAAUCCAACACUAUUCGCGUAUUCCAAUAUACAUACAUACAUAUAUACAUACAUACAUAUUGCUUAUGUAUGUAUGUAUGUAUAUAAAUUAUGUAACAGUGGCACUACCGCAUAUCUGAUUGUCGUAUAUCGCAUAGUAUGUAUAUAUGUAUUCCUCAUAAAGUUAGUCCAGAAAACUUAUGUACAUAUCUACUAUUAUAAUGUACAAGUAAAGUUAUGUAAGUAUACAUUUAAUUAGUCAUGGUUAUUUUUGGAGUUGGGCAGCUUGAAUCAAUUUCUCUCAUCUGUGCAUCCAGCUAUGUUUCUUGCAUAUAAAUAAGUGUGUAAAGUUGAGUGCAGAUUAAUAAUUCAUAAUCCAUAUUUUUGUAAGAAUAGUUUGGUCUAGUGUUAAAAUAAAGCUUAAAUCUAGAAGCAGCAUAAUUUUAUUCUUUAAUUGGAACCAUGACGGAGGGAAGGUUUGAUCUAGUGAAUGAGGUCGAUCUCGUAAAAUUGGAGGACGCUCUGAUGUUAAACAUUUUACGAUUAAAAAAACUUGGAAAAUUUACCGACGAAACUUCAGUAUUGCUCUACAUUUAUGUUGAUGGCGAAAAAGGUGAUACCGCCAAAUGGGAGGAUCCAUUCACAGUUUGCAUCCAAGAGCCGAACAUGCACGGAUUGUACGUUAUCUUGAUCGAUUUUCCUGCCGCUGGUCUAUCAUCCGACAUGAUUCGAGAUUUUGAGAAGUUAGUAAAAUGGGAGAGAAACCCCCUCUUCUACGCAAUGCCGGACCAAUUUUGUGACAAUUAUUUGGUUCCGCUCUGCCUAAAGUGGGGUGCAGAACCGAAGCGGGUAAAAUGUGAGAUGUACGCAUUAACCGUAAAAAAUGUGGAAUCAGGCCAGAACGAUUACGACCACUCGGUUAGAAUUGGACCAUUAACUGAAGCCAAUGUCGAGCAGGCAGUUGCCACUGACUUAACGAAAUUUUGGCAACAUCGUGAAAAUAGAAGACAGAUUGAGCUCUCCAUUCGUAAUCUGGCAACGAGAGGAGCCUUCGUGAACGGUAUUCUCGCCGCUUUCGCCUUCCUUUCUCCUGCCGGGCUGAUGAAUAAUGUUUGGACGGAACCUCCUUAUCGGAGGCGAGGACUUUCUGCGACCAUAAUACAAAGCUUAUCUGGUGCCAUCAUGGAAUUGGGGUGUAUUCCGAUGGCACAAUGCGCCGCCACGAACGAUUCGGUGCGGCGUCUCUUUAUGAAAUUGGGAUUCACUCUGGUCCGGAAAACGAGUUCUGUUACGUUUCAGCCUAAACAGAAACAGGUUAGAAAGCGUGAAUGAUCUGACACAAAAAUAACUUACAAAAUUUGGCAAAAAUAUGAAUUAUACAAAUAAAUGUGUAUAUUCAAUUCAAUUAUU